CCCCACACCAGUCCUGCAGAACACCUUGGAAACAUUGGUGGAGGCUGUAUUGGCGUGGUGUACUGAUAUGACUCAUACAACACUCAUUCUGAAACUCUUCUGCGCCGCACCUCCAUUACAUUCAAAAGGCUCCAGUUGAAAUUGCACGGGUUCUGGUGGGUGAUUAAACAAGAUUCCUUCAUCAUUAAUAGAAGAAGCACUAUUGAGAACCAGGCUAAUGAUCUCUGUGGCCUUUGAAAGUAGUCGAGGUGAGAGAGAGAGAGAGAGAGAGAGAGAGAGAGAGCGAGCAAAGCGUUUUAGAAUACUGACGAACUACUGACGCUGAGAUAGACUGUGAUGGCUCUACGUAACAACCAAACGAGAAGAAUGGCUGUGCUUUACUUUGCCCUCUCUGGGUUGGACCUGCUGGACGGCCUGUCAGAGCUGGAUAAAGAGGAGAGGCAACAUAUAAUCAACUGGAUUUACUCCCUUCAGAUACUUCCAGGGAACGACAGAGAUGAGCAGGCAUGUGCUGGCUUCAGGGGCGGCACAACCUUAGCCAGCUGUCGGGGUGAGAGUUCCUGUGAUACCGUGUCCCAGCUGGACUGUGGCCACAUCACCAUGACCUACACCGCUCUGGCCUCCCUCAUUAUCCUGGGUGAUGACCUCAGUCGGGUGGAGAGGCCAGCAGUGAUGGCCCACGUGGCUGCCCUCCAGUGCCCAGAUGGAAGUUUCUUCUCAACACGAGGUGGCAGCGAGAAUGACAUGCGGUUCAUGUACUGUGCUGCUGCGAUUUGCUACAUCCUGCAAGACUUCUCAGCCAUCAACACCACCAGUGCCACCAAGUACAUUCUCAACAGUAUGAGUUAUGAGGGUGCUAUGGGCCAAGGCACUCACCUGGAGGCACACGGGGGCAGCAGCUACUGUGCCAUCGCCACACUUCAUCUCCUGGGCAAGCUGGAUUCCUCUCUCUCAAGAACUCAGCGGGAGCGGUUGGUGCGGUGGCUGGUGGAGAGGCAGAGUGGAGGCGGCCUACAGGGAAGACCAAAUAAACCUCCAGAUACCUGCUAUGCCUUCUGGAUUGGUGCCACCCUACAGAUACUUGGAGCAUUGGAUUAUCUGGAUACAGCUGCCUUGAGACAGUUUGUUCUGUCUACUCAAGAUCCCAUAACAGGAGGACUGGCCAAGUACCCAAACUCAAACCCUGAUGGUCUUCACACCUACCUUGGCAUCAGUGGACUCUCUCUCCUAAGAAAAGACAACCUGAAGCCUGUGGAUCCUGCACUGAACAUUAGCCAGCAAGCACUCUCUCAUCUCCAUCAGCUACAUAAAAACAUUUCCAAGAAUUCUACUGUGCCCUGUUGAUGAAUGUCUCUGCUGUAAUUGAUCGCCUCCCUCUCGUCUGCUUCUUGUCUCGCCUGUCUCUUGUACAACUAUAGCCUGUCCAUGCACACAUUAAUUGAAUUAGCUGCAUUGCCCCAGCAGGACUUGUGCACUCUAGGCAUUUCCUGCUGCUCUCCUUAUCUGUCAGAUGCCUUGCAUCACAAAGCUUGGUGCUGCAAAUACAAGUUCAUGUGUAGUCAGGGAAGUGAUGGUAAUGCCAGCCAGUGCCACUAGUUUUGUUCAGGUUGCUAUGGGUUUGACAGUCCAUGUUCCGUUGUUCCCUCUGUAACAGACUGCUGGGUGUGCUGAGAUUGUCAGACCUCCCACAAAUUUUUGUCAUUGUUUAUUGACUAGUGUAUAAAUAAGAAACUAACCUUCUUACUUUACAUUAAAUUCUGUAUUAAAAAGCUGUCCUGCAGCAUGAACAUAUUGUGUAGCAUGACUGAAAACAUCACUACACAGGCUCUGAUCCAUGGCUAUCUUCCACCUCACUGAAAGCUGACACCACAGACAUAUUAUAGUGAAUCUACAUGGUUACUUUAAUCUAUUAUUAAUCCAUAAUGACUGACUGUAUGUCAGUGUAUGUCACUGUGGUGGAAGGUAACCAGGGGUGAAAGCCUACAGAGUGACAUCACAGUAUGGUUGUGGAGGCCAGCUCUUCAAUACCAGAUUUAUCAUGAGGAGGAAAGUGUCAUAAUUAUUCACUUUUGUCACUAAAAAAUGAUGACAAAAACUAGGAGGCCUAAAACAUGAGACCAGUACAGCAGUUUUGUUAAUAUUCCUCACAUACAAGGGAACACAGCCUCUGAGAAUAAUAAUAGUAGCUGAAUGCAGGCCUGCAAGCAGCCAGUCAAAUGAUAACUUACAAAUCCUGCUUGGUUUGUGCAGCUUGCUCAAAUUGGGUCCGUCUAUAAAAGAGGUAUAGUUUACAUUGACAGGGCAUUGUUUGAACUCAAAGAUUUAACAAUAAGCUAGACAAAUGUUAUAUAUAAAAUAUACAACACAUCCCUAUAAUCCUGAAAUGUUGUUUGUAAAUAUUCAUUAAAAGAUGCAUAUAUUACAUGAAGUGAA